AUGGGAACUUGUCCCUACAACGACCAUCAGAGGUUUGUCAACUUGGCUUCAUUAGUUGAAAAAAGAAAAGAAGAAUCACUAACACCUUCUACAGAGGUCUUCGAUGAAGUCCAAGACUCCAAUGUCGACUUCGGCGUGGCUCCCUUCGAGAACUCAACCCACGGCACCGUCAGCUUCACCCUCGAUUGCCUCGCCGACCGCGCCUCCACCUACCCCAACAUCACCAUUUGCGGCGAAGCCUACCUAGACGUGCACCACUUCCUUUUAGGCCGGAGGAAGUCAUCACUUCUAUCAAAUGUCGACGUCGAAACCGCAAAGGCAACCCCCCUAACCUCGCUCUCCCACGUCAAACGCGUCUACUCCCACCCACAAGCCUUCGGCCAGACCGCAAAGUUCUUCGCCACCUACCUCAAGGGCGUCGAGACCAUCGAGGUCUCUUCUACCAGCAAAGCCGCCGAGCUCGCGGCUGCCGACGCCUCGGGAGAGAGCGCCGCGGUAGCGGGCGAAGUAGCGGGCGAGAUGGCCGGCCUGGAUGUGCUGGCGCGCUGCAUCGAGGACCGCGAGGAUAACACGACCCGUUUCUUUGUUCUCCGGCGGAGACCCUGCAGCAGCCGCAGCGAUGACGGCGUCGAGCAGGAGGUUUCGCUGCCCGAGGGAUUACCGUGGACUACGGACCGGGCUGAGUCUCUGCCUGGGUCUUCUUCGGGCUCGGGUGGUGGGUCGCCCGUGUCGAUGUCUCCACGUCCAUCAUCGUCGGUGUCCGGGAGCAAUGGUGGGAGAGAUGAUGAUGCGGAAAAAGGAGAUGCUUACAAGGGCUUGUAUAAGUCUAUGGUCUCCUUCACGGUGCCGCAUCAUACGCCGGGAGCGCUGGCGGAUGUACUUGGGUGCUUCAAGAGGAGAGGGCUGAACCUGACGAGCAUCAAUAGUUUGCCGAGCUUGAUUGCGCCGUUUCAGUAUCUCUUCUUUGUCGAGUUCGAGGGGAAUAGGUGGGAUGAUCCGGAGGGGAGGGUGAGCGGGCUGAUUGGGGAUGUGGAGUGGGUUGAGGGCGUGGCGGAACGGUGGAGGUGGCUGGGCAGUUGGUUGAAUCAGAGGAGGAGGUAG